AUGCAGCGAUCGACCUGCUUCGCGGUGCUGGCGUGCCUCCUCGCCGCAUCGUCCGUGGAGGCACGCUGGAUGCUGCAGGUGUCUGAUGUGACCAACGCGGUCAACUCAGUGGCAACCGCCGCGGCCGUGCCGUUUGCGCCGGCCCAGCCGGCCACGGUCAAGCCCGCUGCUGGGCCCGCCGCGACUGCUGUGCCAGCUGUGACCGCCGCGCCGGCGCAGCCCGCCGCGGCGGCCGUCGUUGCGCCCACCACAGCGGCCGUCCAGCAGCCGACUGCAGCGGCCAUGCAGCAGCCUGCCCCUGGGGCCAUCCAGCAGCCCCCUUCUGCACUGGGCCAGGGCCUGUACGUCCUCCCCGACGCCGUUGCGCCCCAGCCAGCCGCCCUUGCGCCCCAGCCGGCCGCCCUUGCGCCCCAGCCGGCCGCUUUUGCGCCUCAGCCGGCCGCCCCUGCGCCGGCCGCUGCUGCGGCCCCUCAGAACCUCGGUCCCGCCAAGCCCGCGCCUGCGAAGGACCUGCUGGUGGUGAUGUCUGCGAUGGGCCAGAACCAGCCUGAUAUCUACAAGAACCAGCAGAAGCUGCGGCAGCAGGUGGCCGCCACCGCGGGGGUCGACCCCAAGAAGCCACCUGCCGGCACGAGCAUGCGGCGGAGCGGCACCUGCCUGGGUCUCGACGCGCCCGCUGCUGCGCCCAUGGAGAGCCCCUGGACCGCCUGCUUCUGGACCUGGGCGGCGCGCCUCGCCCUGGGUCUCCCCCGGCAACAACUCACCCUGGACACCCACACACGUGCCGCUGCUCAGGUGCUGUUCUACAACCAGACCGCCAACGUGGACAAGACGGGCACGUCGACCCUGUCCCUCAUCCUGCACGUGGCCUGCGACAGCGUGGAGGAGUGCGGCAGUGCGGGCGCCAGGCUGUUCAACCCCACCAGCCAGGCCAACCUGACAAACAACCUGGCCAGGGACGCCAACGUGCAGGUGCUUCCAUCCACCUUCCAGGUCUAUGGCGCCAACGUCGGCCUCCGCGGCAACGAGACCCUCGCGCCCAUCAAGAUCCCCACCGCGGCCCCGCUGCCCGCCACCACCGACGGCGACCUGAACCUCACCGGCCCCACCGACCUUUCAGCGUUCCCCGGGCUCGCGCCCGCGGCCCAGGGCGCGCUGCCGGGCGCAUUGGAGCCGGCGGCGGCGAUCACGCCCUCGGAGCAGGGCCUCUUUGCGUCGCUCGACAACAUCACUGCGCCCGGCGCGUCCAGCGCGACCAUCAUCCCGGGCGUCCUGCCGACCGCCGUGGUCGACGCGGCCCCGGCGGCCAACGCCACCGCGCCCGCGCCGGCGGCCAAGAGCGGCGCGGCGGCGGCCGCGGCCGCGCCGGGCGCGCUCACGGCCGCGGCGCUGCUGGGUGCGGCCGUGCUGCUGCUGUGA